AUGUCAACUUCCGAACAGCAAAUGCAACAGUUAGUUGAUCAGGUACAAAUGCUGACAGCCGAACUGGCAGCACAAAGGUUGGAACUCGAUGCCGCCAAAAACGCGUUAGACCAACAAACGCAAACAGCAACAGCAGCAUUGUCACGCUACAAGUUCGGUUUUGCAACGUGGAUCAGCACAGUGGAUCCUACGUAUCCAGAUCUACUGAGGAAAGCCGAGCUGGAAAGAGAUGAGGUGGCAACAGUCGAAAUGACUGAAGCCGAUGAGCAGUUGUCAACUAAUUUGUUCGCCAUUUUGGUCGGACAGUGUCAAGCCGGCGAAAUCCCUGCAAUGGCCAUGUUAGUCCCAGAACGAAACGGUCUGGAACUAUGGCGACGCAUGCAUGCCCGAUUUGAGCCAGAAAAUAAACACAAACCGUUUGCAUGGUUGAGAGCUUUGUCGCACCCGAAAGGUGAAGGCAAAGGAAACAAGAAAGGAUCCGCCAAAUCCAACUCCGUAAAUGCAAUCGACGCGGCAAACGACGAAACACCCGUGCCUGCAGUCUUAUCGACGUUGCAACAACAAAUCGAUGCGUUGAAACAAGUCACAGCAAACCAAGGAUCGAACAUGUGCUUUGCAGUGGGCGAUUCUCCGGCGAAGGCCGUUGAGAAAACCAAAGUGCAACCAGUCACGCCGUCUCCGCACAACAGCGUGGCAGCACUGCAAACAACAAAGUACAUCAUGGUUGAUUCUGGUGCCACAACAAGUUGUGCCAACAAAAUGUCAUUUCCACAAGCUGCGGUGGACCCAACCAAAACCAAAGAGUUGUGGGCCGUCAAUGGAACUCCUAUCCACCACGAGGGCGAAAUGCAAGCAACAACCCAGGUCACUGCAACCACACCGUUUGGAGAAACCACGGUGGUACCGGCCACUUUCCGAAUGGAAAUCACUGACACCAUGGAACCCGUCAUGGCAUUUUGCCGGAUUUUGGACGACGCUGAUUGCGACCUGCAUUUCUUCCGCUCUUCCUCUGGUAAGGUUUCGUGCCUGGUAACUCCGGAUGGGAACACUGUUGAGUUGCCACGUUUCGGAUCGCGGUUUUAUCUGCCAUACGAAGACCGACCAAGCGCAGCCGCAGCAUCCGCAGCACAAUUGGUAGCAGCCGUUGGUGACAUGGAAAGAAAGGCACCCGAAGACAAGCACGUCCGAACGAACAAACACGAAGAUGCACAAAUCCCCGUGAUCCAAAUCGACUACCAAUUUUUCAGUCGUGAUGGCGAAUUGGUGGAGGAAGAAAGUCGCAGUGCAACGGUCCUCACUGGCGUUGACACAUCGUCAGGUUUCCCAGUCAUGAUCUUUGCACGCCAAAAGGGUGUCGACGCAUACGUGUUGAAAGCACUCAUGGUAUGGAUCACGUGCCUUGGAUACAACAAGGUGCUCCUGCAACAUGAUCCGGAGGAACCAUUGCGUGCAUUGCUGGAACAAGUACAGCAAAAAUUGGGAGCAGACAAGGUACAACUGAGGGCCAGCCCGCGUUACAGUCACCAAAGCCAAGGAGGCGUGGAAGGCAUGAAUCGGAUGAUGGCUGGUAUGUUGCGAACAUGGUUGUGCGCCCUUCGGGAAAAGUACCCACAUCCAAAUCAGCCGUUGGACAUCAAUCACAUCAUCGUGCCGUGGUUGUGCAAAUGGGUUGCUUUUGUAUGGGCUAGGUAUCACAUCAAAAAUGACAACGUGACCGCAUACAAAAUCGUCACCGGCCGCGAGUACACGUCGCCAAUCGUGCAAUUUGGUGAGGUAGUCAUGUGUAAGGUGCCCAAUGUAAAGUCCGUUAGCAAAAGCAAACCCCGUUGGUUCAAAGGAAUUUUCGCUGGCAGAACCGAAGCCGAUGAUUCAGCAAUUGUCCUCACCAAUGCUGGUGCGAUGACAGUCCGGUCUAUCCGUCGACUGCCGCAACCUGAGCAGCACGAUGUGGGAUUGCUGGACGGCGCACGCGGGUUGCCGUGGGCGUUAACAGCCGCAACACGUCCCAAAAUCAAAACGGAAACACGCCAGGUUGUGCCAAUGCUACCCCCAACUGCCCCGUCCAACGGAAACAGCGAUGACGACAGCAAUGCGAGUGAUAGCGACCCAAGUGCAAAUUCAACAUCGGAAACGAGCCCAGGCGAUGACAACGACGACCACGCGAUCGCGAUCAUGCCCAGCCAAGAGUUGAACAUGCGAUUGGCAGCUGAAAAUGUUCCAGUCCCCAGUUCCGUCGUACCAACUCCAACGACACCGAUGUUGACCCCCCAAGGGAUGACGCCGCCCGAGUCCGUAAGUCCACCCGGCAUGACACCGCCAGUCACUCCGGUUGAAAUCCCGUUGAGUGAUGGCGGAAGCCAACAUGAGCAGAUUGAGGGCGAACCAACCGCAUCUCCCAUCGCCGUGCCGUUACCCAAACGUGAAAUAGGUGACGAACCAAGUUCCCCAACGAAGGUCCCACGGGUGGAAGUCCCUGAGACCCGGGCGCCCACACAAGGUGCUGGUGGAAGUGAGUCCCCGACCAAAAUCCAAAGGAUUGGGACAAUCACAGCCGCACUUGGAAAAAUCGAGGACUGGGCGCGCAGUGGCGCUUGGGAGAACAAGAUUGCAUCCGUAUUGGAUCUAUUGGACACCCAACUCGACCCAAAAGAAGUCGAAAAGGCAAGGGAAGUGCAAAUGGCAACUUUGGUUGAAAAAGAGUUUGCUGUUCCAAGGCUCAAACGCGAAAUGUCCCGCAAAUCGAAACUGUUCCAUUACAAAUGGGUGGAUGAAAUCAAAAGAGGCGCGUACCGCAGCAGGUUCACAUGUGCGGACAUAAAGCGCAAGUACACGCGAGAAGAACUCGAGGAGGAAACCAACACCUUCGCACCAACACCGUACGAAGAAUCCCACGUUUUGCUCGAACGGAAGUGUUUGCAAGAGGGUUGGCACACAAGGUCAGGUGACGUCAGGUGCGCAUACCUGUUGGGACGGGAUUCCGGCGACUCUGCAGGGAACCCUGUUCACAUCCGAAUGCCCCCGGAAUACCAGCCACAUUUUCAAGCAUGGCUACACCAGCAAUCGCCUGAAGUGCAAGCAAAGUUCGAAGGACCAGAUUUGAACAAGGAGGUUGUGCUGGAGUUAGUUGGUAACCUGUAUGGACGCCGACCGGCUGGGAACAACUACCGCAAAGAGUUCGAACAAGUAGUUACGGAGAAAAUGGCCUCGAAAGGCUAUCAGUUCCAAAGGGGCAAGCGCGACCCAACUGUGUACACCUGUGCCAAAACCGGUGCAACCAUUCUCCACCAUGUUGAUGAUCUGCGUGUAGGAGCCGCAGACGUUGAUCUGCAGUUUCUGUUGUCCAAGCAAGGUCUAGGCGAAUUCCUGGGCAUGAAGGUAGGUAAGGUAGAAGCACCCGGAACAAAGGUAAAUGUAUUAGGUAGGACAAAAGUACGCACCCAAGAUGCAUUCUUUACCCUGCCUGAGGACAAACACCGAGACAACAUCCUCACACUCCUCGACCUCUGGUACGCCAAGCCGUCGAAGGUUGCAGGAAAGAAAAUCCCCCGAACUGAAGACAACACAAAGCCUGUAGAUGAACACCGAGCCGUGCUGUACCCAAAAUGUGUAGGAAGCGCAAUCUACCUCAGCAUCGAUCGGAGGGACAUCCGUUUCGAAGUAAAGGAAUUAGCUCGACACAUGCGGGAUCCUCGUGAAGUAGAUUGGGACAAUCUCCUGACCCUAGGACGUUAUCUCCUUCACAAACCGGCCCUCGCAAGAGUUCCCGGCCUCCCCGCUACCUCUUCUGGCGAAGCCGAGACACGAGCUUUGAGCCGAGGGGCGCGGGAUAUCAUGUUCAUCAAACAGCUUGGUGAAGAGGAUUUUGGUUUAAAAAUGGCCGUACCGCGUGUUUGGACAGAUGCCAGCACCGCAUUGCAAACAGCAAAGCGUUUGGGCGCAGGCUCCCGGAUGCGUCACAUCGAUGUAGCUGCGCUGUACGUCCAAGAGUUGGUGUACCAAAAACAGUUGAAAGUCGGCAAGGUAGCUGGGACAGCAAACCCGUCCAGUUGUCUCACAAAGCAUUUGGAUGCCAAAUUGAAGGGUGAAUGCCUUGAAGAUUUAGGCAUGGUAGAUAUCAGUAGCUCAGACUGGCAGCCGCUGAUUGAAGCCGCUGAACAAAUUGAACUCGUAGCAGCCUUGUUGUCCCAACGCCCAAAAACGAAAGCGAACACACCGUGGAAACCAAAUUUCGCAAUCGCCGCUGAUGCGCUCCAAAUUUGCAUCUUACAAUCGUUGGCCGGAGUGUCCACAGCAAAACCCCAGGUUACGCUUCACUCAGGCAUUGCCUUGGACUCGGUGUCCGUGAAGAAGCCCGUUUCGAGUGGACACUUGAGGACAUCGGCUAGGCUGCCAGAGUGGCCGGCGAUCUCUACAGAGAUAUUCCAGGCCUAUGGGUUGGAGCUAGCACAGAAACUUGUUUCAAGGCUUUCGUCUGGGGUUGCUAAAAGCAUCACGGCGGCCGACUUUCCAGAUCUCUGUGCAGAGCCCGGUGGGGCUGAUCAGCUCACCCAUCAGGGAUCGCGGCGAUUUUGUCGCCCGUUGCGAGCCUUUCACACGUGUGUCUGUCAGUAA